AUGAACAAGGUGUUUGAUGAUAUAAUCAGUCAUCAGCAAACUAAAGAUGAUGAUUAUUACUUCAUUCUUGGAUGUAAUGAAAACUCAACGACUGAGCAGAUCACGUGUGAAUAUAAAUCACGUGUUUUGUCCUGUCAUCCAGACAAGCAUCAACAUGAUGAAUCAGCCCAUGAAAAGUUUUCCCGACUUUCUCAAGCUAAGGACACAUUACUAGAUCCAGAAAAAAGAAAGGAAUAUGACAAGUGGCGACAUAGUGGAAUAGCCAUACCAUUUGAAAGAUGGCGGUCAUUGUCACAUGUAAAAACUUCUAUGCACUGGGGAUUCUGUAAGGAACAAGCAGCUAUUGACCAUCCAGAGGCAGGUGAUCAGCAGCGACGAGCAGUUUCACCAUCACGAAUCAGCACACAGCAAGACAAUAAUUUUCAAGAACUCAAGGAAAAACUCAAAUUCACUCCAAGAGAAACAUCUACUGGAACUAGUAACAGAAGUCCAAAGAUGGGAUGGGAGAAGGACACAUCCAAUCCGUUACUUCACAAGUUUCGUAAUUAUGAGAUAUAA